CCCCUAGCUCAUCCUCCUUCUUCUUCCUCACACCACACAAGCAAGCAAGCAAGCUCUCAGCUCUCAGCAGCAAUGGCGACCGCCCUGAGCAGCCUCCGCGCGCCCUUCUCCCUCUUCACAUCCGCCGCCCCCGCGCCGUCCCCAAUCGUCGCCCCAUCCCGCGUGGCGCUUCCCCUGACGCCGUCGGCGAGGGCCAUCCGGCUCCGUGCUCAGGCGACGUACAAGGUGAAGCUGGUGACGCCGGAGGGGGAGGUGGAGAUGGAGGUCCCCGACGACGUGUACAUCCUUGACCACUUCGAGGAAGAAGGGAUCGACCUGCCCUACUCGUGCAGGGCCGGGUCGUGCUCGUCGUGCGCCGGCAAGGUGAUCUCCGGCGAGGUGGACCAGUCGGACCAGAGCUUCCUCGACGACGACCAGAUGGAGGCCGGGUGGGUGCUCACCUGCCACGCAUACCCCAAGUCCGACCUCGUCAUCGAGACGCACAAGGAAGAAGAGCUCACCGCCUAAGUUUUUAGUCUUCAGCUUUUGCAAGAGUGUCUGAUGAUAUCAUAAUCUCUCUAAGCUCCAUGGAUCUUAUCGUGCAUCGAUUUGGUUGCUGCUGUGCGAGCGAGCUUGAAUGAAAUGCUCAAGUAAUAUUAUGUGUUCCUCUUUUUUGUACUACCCCUGCCUGAGAUCGAUCCAUACGGUCAAAUUACUGCUGCUGCUGCUAGUAUUUAUGUACGUACUGAAAUUAAUGGAUUUGAUGGUUGAGCCA